ACUUUCGAACAAACAAAAACCCGUAUAUUUGAUUACAGGAGAAACGAAAAUGGAGUUUUACGCUUACCCUUCUCCUUCCCCUGUCCCUUCUCCUGCUGAUUCUUCUUUUUCAUCAUUUGGGAUCUGGGUUGAAAGAGUGAGAGGGGUUUGCCGUUCUGCGGCUUCUGCGAUUCUUCGCAACCUCCUGUCUGCAAUUUUCACCUUCUUUUUCGCAUUGGUGGGUUCCCUUUUAGGAGCAAUGACUGGAGCUUUGAUAGGCCAAGAAACUGAGAGUGGAUUCUUCCGUGGAGCUGCAGUUGGUGCCAUCUCUGGAGCUGUUUUCUCGAUUGAAGUCUUUGAAUCUUCUCUUCAUCUUUGGCAUUCUGACGAUUCAGGACUUGGGUGUCUCCUCUACUUGAUUGAUGUUAUUGCUAGCCUUCUGAGUGGAAGGCUUGUUCGGGAGCGGAUUGGUCCAGCAAUGUUAAGUGCAGUUCAGAGUCAGAUGGGUGCUGGUGAAACUAGCUUUGAAGAGGUCACAAGCAUCUUCGAGACAGGUGGAACCAAAGGGUUGUCAGGAGAUUCAGUUGAGAAAAUCCCAAAGAUCAAAAUCACAAACAUGAACAAUGUGGAUGCAUCUGGGGAGAGGGUCUCCUGUUCAGUAUGCCUUCAGGAUUUUCAGCUUGGAGAGAUGGUUCGAAGUUUGCCUUACUGUCACCACAUGUUUCAUCUACCCUGCAUCGAUGAGUGGCUCAUCAGACAUGGUUCCUGCCCAUUAUGCAGAAGGGAUAUGUAAUACCCCUACCACGAAUUACAAGAUGAGAAUUUUUUGAUAUAUUCUUUUUAAUUCUUGUUUUGUAUUCUUAUUAUCUUUAGGUUUUUUGCUCAUUCAAUUUUCCCACUUGACCACUUGAAUGUAACAGUACCACCUUGUUUAUAAGAAACUUUCAGAAUAGCAAUACAUGAAUGAUCAAUGUU